AGUCGCUGAAAUGAUUAUAUAUAUUUGGCAUGAACCUCCUCUUUCUUACUUUGUGAAUAUUUGUGUAAUGUUUAGAUAUGUUUUCUAAUCUAUUUGGGACUUCUUCAAAACAAACCAAAUAAUCGUUAUAGAUUUUAAAUCAAUUAAUAUUCUUUACAUACAUAUACAAACAUUGUUUUAUAGACAACAAUUAAUAAACAGUUUAAGCAGUGGUUUCCACCCUCUCUUAAGUAAAAACAAAAUUGUGCAAACAUUUGUUGGUCAAUUUUUUUGCUGUGUCAACAACAAUCAUUAAUUAGAUGCAACGAAAUUACCAUUCAACUGCUGCAACAUAAUAAAAAUUGAAAUGAGUUGCAUAUUAGCUAAAUGAAAUCAAAUGACAGGAAGCAAACAACGUGAGCAACAACAGCAACCGCCUUAGCACCGAAUAUACAACAUAUUAUCGAAGAAAUUCAAUAACUGCUCAUUGUGAAAAAUGGCUAACCAGCCACACCAAUUUCAGGGGGGAGGGGUGCGCUUUACGCGCUUUUGAUCAACGGGAAACUCGUUUGAUGCAGUGCAAUCGAAUUACAUUGCUAUGAGAUGCAGUUGCAACUCUCGCUUACGCUUUCCUUUUCGUGUUGCGCAUUUCACUUGUUUCUUCUCUUCUUCUCGCGUGCACAAAGCAGAUCUUGGCACAAUAAAUAAAUUAAUCGACAAAUGACGUAUAGUAUAUGAGGACAGCUUGAAAGUAAAGAAAGACAGAGCUAUAACAGAAUGAUCUGACGAACUAAUAAGUCCGGGGUGACACAUCUUUUCAAUUUGCAUGAUUUUGUUGUUUAUACAGCUCUGUACAUUCAGCUUGGGCUUCUUUUCCUGUUGCACUCAUAACUACGAACCGUCAAAUGGACUUGGCUUGGCCAGCAAGUGAAAAUGCUUUCGCUAUGCAGCAAAAGCGUGUGACUUUUCGCUUUUUAGUGUCUACCGCUGUUUUUUUUUUUUUUGUUGUAUUUUCUGAUUUUGGUUUUCUGCUUUCGGCCGCCGCUGCAACAUUGAUUUCCUCUUUCAUGGCCGGUGGCCGAGAUCCGCAAUUGCAACUCCAAGAGCUGCAAAAUGUUUCCUGCUCCGCUGCAAGACGUGCACUGCGGGGAAUAGGUAACAGAAACACAGGGGCUACCAAAUUGUCAACAUUUCGCGAGUAUUAUUCAAUUUGCAUGACGACAACAAGGAGAAGACAAGUUUACUUUCGCUCUCUGCAAAACCUCGUCAAACAAUUGGCACAUUUCUAGCUUUUUAAUGCACGAUCACUUCCCUUAUUCCAUUAUACAUCUUUGCACACAUUGCACAGCAAAAUUCAAAACGAAGAAAACGAAUUGAAUUUAAAUUCUUAAUCAAUAUAAAAAAUGCAUACAAAAAUGACCAAAAAGACUUUUAGACCAGAAGCGGAAGGUAACCCAAAGUUCGUCUUUCUCCUUGCGAAAUUUCCUCUGUCUCGUUAAAUUACAGCAAAUUCCCUCGCCGAAAAUCAACGGUAAUAAAGCACAGCGCAUCUUCAAUAAAUUUCAUGCAGCUGCCGGCAAGAUAAAGCUGUAAAAAUUAUACAACAAAAUCAAUUGGAGUUUCAGUUGCCUCCGUUUCAAUGUUUUUAUUUUUUCCUGAUGUUUUUACUUUUUUUGUUACCUCUUUGAGGCUUUCGUUUGCCGACAUUUGUGUUAUAUAAUAGUUGGCAGAGUAAUCAUUACGAUCGCUUGUUUGAACAAUGACCAUUAACACUUUACUGCUUUUACCUUUGCUGCACUCCAAAGAAUUUCGAAUUGAAUUUUGCGCAAUGACCGUUUUUAAGGAAUGGGGCUACCUUUUUUAAUUUAAGAAGCAUUGCGAGAAGCGGAACAAUUUAAGACAAGUGAGCGAAAUAUACCAACUUUUCUGUCGACACGUGCUACCUACCGGCUUGGCAAUUACCUGAGUAUCUUAUUGACUGACUGCCUGUGUACUCGCCUGAGUGACUGACUCAUCGAACUAUUGUAUGUGAACAUCUUCUGCAUCCAGCGAGUCAUCCGAACAUCUGCGACAUCUUAAAUCUACAAUUACGAUUGCGCACGACGCAAAAUAUAAGAGACAAAACAGAAAACUGAAAACAAACGAUGGCAAAUGGCGAACAAAAAAAGAAUGUGUUGCAAUUCAAAAUAAUUGUUUAUGCUUGGCAUUAAAAUCGUUACAAAACAAAUAAAACAACCCGGUUGCGUUGGUUGUUGAAGUUUUUUGAGUUUCCUACAUUAAGAUUGACUAUUUUCCGAAGAGAGGAAGCCGUGCACAAUCCGAAUGGCGAUACAAUUUCCCUAUUUCAAUAGCGAAUUCAAUGACACGGAACAUCACGGAUAAUGGCUCCUUAGUAGUUUCUGAUUAGAAUUAGUUUUAUUUAUAAUGACAAUAUCAGUUUAAUUCAAAUACCAUAAGAUAUAAUACUGAUGGAAAGUAAAAUACACCUUCCCUUAAAUUUAAGUUUUAUUUGAAAAGAUCAGAAACGGUCUAUAUAACAACAGAAGUUUAACAAAAUUAAAUAUUUUUUUAAGUGAACACAGUUUGAGGGACACAGUACAAUCGCUUCCUAGGCACAAAACUGCAGUCUCCUCUAGGUUUUUCUACCACUUUGGUGGCAUACAGAUACAGCGAGACUGAGGGACUUGAAGAGCCAGCAUGACAGGUGACUGCUUACAAUUUAUUUGCAUAUUAGUCGGAAACUGUGAAAGGCUAAAAGGCUGAACAGCCACAGACCUUAAAGUGGUAAGGCAAACAGAAGCCGCCACCGACAAGAAGACCUAAACUCCAUUUUGGGCUUGUAAAAGUUCGAUUGUAGAUAUUUGCGUAACAAAGAAAUUGCAUUAAAAAAACUCGAGGCGUAGUGUUCCUGAUUCCCCAGUAGCGUGAGAGUUAUUUCCUCACUGUACCUAAAAAAAAUAUCUGGCUAAAGAUUUGGCCCUUCUACCCAUUCCACUAUUAAUUUUAAGAACAAAUAAUGAUUUUUAAAAAUCUUUUUUUCGUGCAUAAGAUGAUUAAUUGAACUCAAUUAAUUUGAUUAUAUUUAUAAAUAUAAUGAUCUAUUCUUUUAUUAUAAUAAGAAAUUAUAAAAAGAAAUAUUAAUUAUUUUAAAAAUGAAUUAUAAUAUGUUCUUCAUUUUGAAAGAAUUCAAUGAUAUUAAAAAUAAGGAACACCUGUUUGCACGAAUUAUACAUCGACGGAUGCCAACAAAAUAAGAGCUAGAAUGCCAAAUUUAAAAUAGCCUAAACUUAUUUUGACUACGAAACUCGUGACUAUGGUGGGCGCUUCGCUUUCAAAGUCAUUUUGGAUGUUCUCAUGUUGUUCUUCCUGUCAAGUUUUUUUUAGUUAGUUUUGUUUUUAUUAACAAUAAAUUUCAAUUACGCUCACGAUUUGGAUAUCAACAAAGUUUUCAGCGGCACGAAACGAAAAAACAAAGCAGAAAAACGGCCACAAAUGGUGUUAAAUGAUAAAAUGUCAAAUUCUGGAAUGAGUAAAGAAUCAAGUAUUUAAAACCUACAUCAGUAAUAUUAAACCGUGGACUGACAAUGUCGAUGAUAUAUAUGUAUAUACAUAUCUAAAAUCAAGACAGAUGGUAUUGUCGACUCCCCCGACUCAGCUAGUAGAAAUCCGAUAGCGAUAUUUCAUAAUGUUUCUGGAAAAUCGAUAGACACUGGUGAAUAAAAUGGGAAAAAUUUUAAAAUUGUUCAAAAGUGUGGCCAUGGCAGUUUUGGGGGGCGUGGCAAAAAAUUGUUUGACAAAUCAAUUUCAAAUUUUCAAAACUAGAAAAAAUAAGAAAGAACAUCAAUCAAUUUUUAAAAGCGUGGGCGUGGCAGUUCUGGGCGGUUUGUGGGCGUUAGAGUGGCAACAUGGCUCAACCCCGACACUAGAAUAAUUAUUCUCAACAAACUUGCGUUGCGUCUAUGUCUCUAGAAUCUGUAUGCUUAAUCUCAACCUUCUAGCUUUUAUACUUCCUGAGAUCUCGACGUUAAUAUGGACGAACAGAAAGAUGGAGAGCCGGACAGACGGAAAUGGUCAUAUCGACUCGGCUAUUGCUCCUGAUCCUAUGGUCGGAAACGCAUCCUCUAACCUGUUACAUAUAAAGUGCAAAUAAAUGAGACCCAAAAACCAAAUAAUGAACACAUUGUGUGUUGCAUGAAUAACUUCAUAUGCUAAUAACUUAAAUGUGCACAAUAAUAAUCUUGCACCAAGGUGCUAGGCAUGAGGGGUACGCUUUGCCCUGUUGCUUCGUGGGUUUUUAGACAGACAGUCGCCUCAAGCGUAUAAUUAAACCAUUUGCUGGCCAAACCAACCCGUUUUACCUCGCCAAGUUUUCCGCUUACCCGUGGCAAUAAAUUAUCUUGUAUUUUAAAGACUAAUUAGGCGACAACAGAGUUUUGUUCAAAGUUUUUCUAGCCAGCCCACCAAACAUUUUUAAAUACACUUAAAUGGGUAAUCAUUCUUAGUUUAAAUAUCCUCAGUAUAAAUUUACUCAGUAAAGGACGAAAUGUCAAAGCUAAUCGAGGUGUUUCUGGGUAAUCUGUGGACGCAGCGUUUUACCUUCGCCCGAAUGGGUUUGGAUUUACAGCCUGAUGAAAAGGGCAAUGUUUUGCGAUCUCCGCUUCUUUAUUGUAUUAUGUGUCUGACCACAAGCUUUGAGCUCUGUACCGUGUGCGCCUUUAUGGUCCAAAAUCGCAACCAAAUCGUGCUUUUUUCCGAGGCCCUGAUGCACGGGCUACAGAUGGUCUCCUCGCUACUGAAGAUGGCUAUAUUCUUGGCCAAAUCCCACGACCUGGUGGCCCUAAUUCAACAGAUUCAGUCGCCUUUUAGGGAAGAGGAUCUUGGGGGUAAGGAGUGGAGAUCUCAAAAUCGGAGGGGACAACUAAUGGCUGCUAUUUACUUUAUGAUGUGUGCCGGCACGAGUGUGUCAUUUCUGUUGAUGCCAGUGGCUUUGACCAUGCUUAAGUAUCAUUCCACUGGGGAAUUCGCGCCUGUCAGCUCUUUCCGUGUGCUACUUCCAUACGAUGUGACACAACCGCAUGUUUACGCCAUGGACUGCUGCUUGAUGGUAUUUGUGUUAAGUUUCUUUUGCUGCUCCACCACUGGAGUGGAUACCUUAUAUGGAUGGUGUGCUUUAGGCGUGAGUUCACAAUACCGUCGCCUUGGUCAACAACUUAAAAGGAUGACCUCCUGUUUCAAUCCAUCUCGGUCUGACUUCGGAUUAAGUGGGAUUUUUAUUGAGCAUGCUCGUCUGCUUAAAUUAGUCCAACAUUUUAAUUCAAGUUUUAUGGAGAUCGCAUUUGUGGAGGUUGUUAUAAUCUGUGUACUCUACUGCUCAGUAAUUUGCCAGUAUAUAAUGCCACACACCAACCAAAACUUCGCCUUUCUGGGUUUCUUUUCGAUGGUCGUUACCACACAGCUGUGCAUCUAUCUUUUCGGUGCCGAACAGGUCCGUUUGGAGGCUGAGCGAUUUUCCUGGCUGCUAUACGAAGUAAUUCCUUGGCAAAACAUUCCUCCACAACACCGGAAGCUCUUCCUUUUUCCAAUUGAGCGCGCCCAACGAGAAACUGUUCUCGGUGCUUAUUUUUUCGAACUGGGCAGACCUCUUCUUGUUUGGAUAUUUCGCACAGCAGGCUCUUUUACAACUUUGAUGAACGCUCUCUACGCAAAAUACGAAACGCAUUAAAAACAAUAUGUUUACUGAUAUAUUGUAUGUGAAGUCAAAAUUUAUGACUUAAUAAAGUACUUUAUUAA